AUGCCUCUGCACUGCGCCGCGCCACGCGGUGCCGCCGCCCCUCGGCCGCCCCAUGACAGAAUCAAAGAGAACAAGGAGUUGAAAAAGGUGGCCGCCAAGGGGAAGAGGGAGGAGGAGAAGGAGCGCAAGCGCGUCGAGGCGCAGGCGCGGCUCUCGGGCAUGACCGAGGCGGAGCGGGCGGCGCACGAGGAGCGGAGAAAGGCCACCCGCGAAGCUGCGGUGGCGGACCGGGCGCGCGUGAAGGAGCACGCGCGCGCGGCGCUGCAGGCCCCCCUGCGGCUCGUCAUCGACCUCGAUUUUGACGGGCUGAUGACUGUGUCAGAGGUCAAGAGCCUCGUGUCCCAGAUCAACUUCUCAUACGGCAUAGCCACCAAGGGCCAGCAGCAGGCGCACCUACACCUGCUGGGCGCCUCAGGCUUCGUGAAGCAGCAGCUGCACGCCCAGAUGCCCCAUGUUGAGCAGUGGGCUCUCACAGUCAGCGAUGACUCAUACGCGGAGCACUUCAAGGUGUACGUCAUCGGCGGCAUCGUCGACCGCAACCGCCACAAGCGCAUCUGCCUGGAACGGGCGGAAAAGGCGGGCGUGGCUCACGCGCGGCUGCCCAUCCAGAAGCACCUGCAGCUCUCCACCAGCGCGGUCAUCACGGUCAACCAGGUGGUUGAGCUCUUAGUCAAGGGCCAGGGCCCAAGCACGGACUGGGGGACUGUGCUGGCCGCAGUGCUGCCAGUGCGGAAGCAGGCCGGGGAGGGCGGCGCGGCAGCUGUCGUCAGUAGCGACGGGGGCGGCGAGGGCGGGCCGGCGGCCGCCGGCGGCAGCGGCGGCGGCGGUGGCAGCGGUGGCGGUGGCGAGGCCGGAGAAGGGGAUGCGGUCGAGCAGGCGGGGCCGGCGGCGAGCGGCCAGGGCGCAGCUGUUGGCGGGGGCGGGGCGGCCGGGGAGGGCGCAAGGGCAGGAGAGGAUGGGAAGGGAGGGUUGGAGGGCGAGCAAGCGCCAGCUGCGGCAGCGGCAGGUCCUGGGGACGGCUUGGAGCACCAGCAUGGGGUUGGUCACGGCGGAGACGCGCACGCAGCGGCCGGCGAGCCGGAAGCUAAGCGGCAGCGGUUGCAAGCGUGA